AUGGAGAGUGCGAUCGGAGUAGGAAUCGAGGCCGUGAAGACACUCGUUGUCCUCAUCCAGGAUGUACAGGAUGCGCCAGAUCUCGUUGCAGACAUCAAAGACACUGCUCACCAGUUCCGUGGUAUUCUUGAUGGCUCAAGUGACCUACGGAAGAUUCGGUAUCUCAACGCCAAACAGAUGGAUGAUAUGAUCUCCAGUCAGAAGAUUUGCAUCGAGCAACUUCACGCUAUCACAGCGAUACUCCGAAGCUAUUUCAACACCAAGAAGAGCUCUUUUUCUGUUACUGCUUCAUUGAAGUUUGUUCUGUUUCAGAAAGGAGACUUAGAAUCACACAUGGAAAAGUUGAUCCGUCAUACGGAGCUCCUUGAGCAGCUCAUCGAGCAACUCAGGGCCAAUGCUCCCAGUAGAGAAAUAUCAUUCUCUAUCGCACAGGGUCAGAGGCCGGUGCAGAACAUCGAGCAAUACGCCUUCACAAAGAUGACUGCUCCAGAGACUGCUUCCGACAAGUAG